UUUGCUCGUCUUUCUGAUGUCUUCGGAAGAUUACAGUUAUUUUUGGUUGCAACAGUCUUUUACGCUGUUGGUAGCAUAAUUCAGUCUCAAACUGAGAACAUAUAAGCAUAUUCCGCAGGCGCUGUAUGUCACAACGCGGUAUGCGUCGGAGUGUCAAUUCUACUCAUCUAGGUACUGUCAGACACGUCUCCCCUGAAGUGGACAGUUUUUGUCAAUUUGCUACACCUUAGCCAUGUAUUAUAAAAGCUGGAUACCAGGGCCAUCAAGAUAUGGGCAUUCCAUUUCACGCUUUCAGCGCUUCCGUUUUCCAAGUUUCUAUUUGGUGCUAUCGUGAAGGUGUCAAAUACAGACGAGUGGAAGAAGCUGCAUGAGAGAGGAAAUACGGGAAAUUCGAGUGUCGUGUACAGUCUGGGAUAUAUUUGCCAUCAGAUCGAUACUAUAGGAACAACAGUCAGAACCGCUUGUUUGUGAUGAUUACUCGUUUCUCUAGCACUUGCUGGCGGUGUAUCAGUAAAUUGGCAAAACCAUGGGAUUAUAGCAACUUUGGUUGCAGGACAAGUACCUUUCGCUUGUAUUUUAGUGUUUGAUGAGAGGCUCGCGAAAAAUGAAGCCUUGCUUUUUAACUCGAUAAGAGAUCGUGGAGUUUGGGCUACCCUUGCAGCGUCAUUUCUGGAAAAAAGGGUCUGCGCUACGAGUUCCGAUUAUUUGAAUACUGUGCUGGUAGUGUCAAAGGAUGAAUCAAGAAAAAAUGAGCAACGAGAAUAUCAUGGCUUCCUACUUUCAUUGUAUGCACUACCUAAAUUCUUUUCGGCUUGUUGGUGGUCCGCGUCAAAGGCCCAGAAUUCUUUUUCAAUAUGCGGAACCAGUCUAUGGGGAAGUACCACUGGGCCCUUUUAUCAAUACAGAGUAGGCGCUAGCUCGCACGCUGGAGUGAUUGGAGAGUGAUGGACCGUUAGUUACAUCAGGUGUUGGUAGUCCAAUGUUCACUCACUCAAUGAUCGUGGCUCUUCUGACAGUGACCUCGCAAGUACAAUAGGCCUGUAUUUCAUGUUUGCCCAGGUUGAUACAGCUACAGGCCGAUCGAACUCGGGAGCUGGGACACAAACAAUGUUCGGACAAACUAUAAAGCGCUUUAAAGACAGCAGUCUUGCA